GAGGCACAGAAGAAGGACGAGAAGCUGCUGAAGUUCCCUGAGAAACUUCAGGACAUCCAGAGCGCUUCCAGAAUAUCAGUGGAAAACAUUGAGUUGGAGUUCUCGUCUCUCUACGUCAGGACCAGAUCCCUGGAGGAGAAGGUCCAGAGUGACCCAGAGCUCCUGGAGCAGCUGAACCCCUUCCUGCAGUGCUCCACAAGGACACUCCAGGACCUGAAGAGGUGUAGGCUGGACCUGCGGAAGGAGGGUAAAUCGCUUAUUGACUUCUUCUGUGAAGACAAGGACACCUUCAUGCUGGAUGAGUGCUUCCGCAUCUUCCAGGACUUCUGUCUCAAGUUCAAAAAGGCUGUCAAGGAUAACCGGGAGCGGGAGCAUAAAGAGGCGGCCAGGCAGCGGCGUCUCAGAGAGCUGGAGGAGAAGCGCUUUGCCUGGAUUGCCGAUCAGCAGCAGGCUGCUGGCGCAGGUAAUGGCGGCUUCGGCCGUAGCAGCAGCGAGAAUGACAUGGAUAUGCUCACCAAGGAGGGCCUCCUGGACUUCCUCCAGCAGCGUCCCGCCAGCCCCCACAGCCCCCUGGGUCGUUCAGCCAGCGCCCGUCGCCACCGCCGCACCGUGGCCGCCAUGGCCGACCGCGAGCUUAACGAAUACCUGGAGCUGUUCGGCAGUGAAACGGCACUACCAGCUGACUAUGCCAACAAGUUCAACAGCUUGCCGCGCUCCGGCCGCACCCUCCAUCGGAGAACCGCCCCCUGUCUUGUGUCCCAGGAUGACAACCACAAGCUGGGGAAUGGGCAGCAGGUGCUGGCCACGUCACACCGGGCUGAGACGGAGCCCAUCAGCCCCUUGGCCAUGUACUCUUUCACAGGCUUUAAUGCCAACGAGGAACCGUAUAACAAAAAUAACAAUUACACGACCGUAUCCGAGGGGAGCUAUCUGCCUCGCUCAUGUCAGAACCGCAACGUCUUUCAGAAGACGCCCAACCCCAGAGCGAGCGUCACGGCACACAUGAACGUCAGCGUGGAGAGGCACACUCUAGUCCUGGGAAUUCAACAGUUUGACCUCCCCAGUCCGAACAAUAACACAAAUCAAAUGCACUUCGUUGACCACAAAGACUUGGUGGUAACGGACUUGGAAAUGAAGACGGAAUCUCCAAAGACACUCAUUUUGGAUACCCCUCCUCCUUGUCCAAAGAGUUUGGAAAGAGGACCAGAGCCCGUGGCGUGGGAAGGUAAAAUGCCGUCCUCUCAGUUUGUGGUUGGUUCACUUCAGAAGGAGGAAGAGGAGGAAAGCAGCACCGUCUCCUCAACCACCUGUGAUAUGCCCCUCCCUCUUGACCCCUCCGUAUCCAAUAAGAAACCGGUGUUCUACAUCUUAGACUGCACAGAAACGGACUGCUCCGUAGCGCUUGACUACUCUGAGAUCGAAAGCUCGCCUCUAAUGAGUGAAGGAUUGGUCCCCGAUGUAAAAAACACUGACUGCAACAACAUCCAGGGGAACCUUCGAGACCCCAGCUCACUAUCCUCCAACUCCAACUUUGAUUCCACAUCCAAAAAUGAUCAGUCCGUCUCUGCCUCCACAAAUGAGCUGUCGGUGUCAAAGUCCACAGACGAACGUGCCCCAUCCGUUGGCUCACUCGUCACCACGGAAGAGGGGGACACAGAUAGCUGGGACACGGAAGAGGCUAGGCAGGUGGGCGAGAAAGCUGUACAGACAUAUAGCCAAAAACCAACACACGCCAAGACCAAGAAUGUGUCAAAAGUUUCCAAAAACAGCAAAGUGGGUUGCGGCGUCAGGAUAUUGACCACCACUGAGAACCAGGGCAUGCGGAAGGUGGUGCCCAUCACCAAGCUAAGCCGGACUGGCCGUAAUGCCAAGCGGGUGGAGAGACCCGCCGGAGGCCAUGAGGGUGCCAGGCAGCCGCUCAUCGACAAGAGCACCCCAGCCAGGGAGAGGGGUGAGAAGACCGGUUGGCCCGCCCGCCACUCCAGCUUGCCCCCAGAGACCAAAUCCCAGGGGAACUCUGGCCUCUCUGGCUGGGCACGUGACCUCACCCUGCGAAAGCCCUCCUUCCGCAAGCCCAGCGCCAAGCCGCUGAGGAACCUGCCCAAGGCACCGCCGGAGGAGAAGAUGUGCCGCUCCACCAUGAGAGCCCUGGCUGCUCAGGCCCAAGGUCAGGUUAGGACACCCUCUGAGGCUAGCGCUCCCGAGACACCUAUUCACAGCUCCAAAACCCCAUCAGCCACCCUGCCUGGCUGGGCACGCAACACUGUGGCCUCCUCCUCUCGGACCACCAAGAAGGAACUCGCUCCAACCCUCUCCAACCCCCUGACCCCCUCCAGGAGCCCCUCUCUCCUGUCCCGGAGCAGCUCCCAGAGUCAAGCACCCGCUCAGCCGCAAGCCGCUGCCACAACCACACCUCCUGCCAAAGGGGGGCAGCAUUCACCCCGGGGGGAGGAGAAGGAAAAGGCCCAAGAGGGUGGUCUGCAGAGGGUGCAGAGCGUCAGGGAAUCAAGCCGGGCGAGCACUCAGCGUAGCGACGCCCCCCCAUCGCCGCCCACCCGUGAGCGCUCACGCAAGAGCAGCAGCUUCUCCGAAAAAUCUGUCCAAUCCACUACGUCAUGUAGGACCAUCAAGCCCACCUGGAAGUAGAACUCAAAUAUGGUGGAACUUGAUUGGAGCAAGAGAGGAAGAAAUGGUUUUCCCCACAUACUGUAGACUGACAUUUUGUGUCCUCUUUCAUUAGCUACUCUAAGACAUCCCACCUCAUCCAUAUCAAGUCAUUAUACAGGGCUCCGUCAACACGUAUUGUAUGAACUGCAAAAAUAUAUAAUGCACUGUAUAAGAUUAUUUCUUCAUGAGCCCCCGUUUGUAUUUGAGCAUUCUUCACGGGGAGACAGAACUGACAAAUGGCAAAAUCCCCCCUUUUUUUUUCUUUGCCUGCGUUGUGGUCUUAAACUCUAUUUAAUAAGGUAUAAUAACAUGUCAAAAAAGAAAAAAAAUAUUAUGCUUUUUUUUACAACCCAUUUUAAGAUGGUGUUUACAUGGUAUUUACUUAAAAACGAUGUGGUAGUAACAAUGGAUAUUUUCUGGUACUCACCUCAAAGAAUACAACACUAUUGGUAAUUUACUGUUACCAAAUGGCACAUAGCGACACGUGUGUCAACACAUCUCGUGUGAUUACUAUGCAAUUAUUAGAUAAUUACCAUUUAAACAAGUACUUUCUAGGUAACUACCUGGUAAACAAUGACUGUAAAAUGAAGUGUUACUGAAAACCCACUACUGAACAUGCUUGAAUGUUGCUAAUUAGCUUUGACAAUUUGGGCACUGUGUUAGUGUCUUCAUUCAGGGUAUGAGCUUUGUAAGACGCUGCCUUGCUGCUGUUGUGAUUGUGACUUUCCGUGGUUCUCUACUUUCCUUUGCACAGCCGUACUAUACAGUAGCCUGGAGUCCACACUGAAUAUUGCUCUGUUUUUCACUUUACUGAUGUAGUCUGAGUCUGAUCCAAUAGGGUUCAUUUGGAAUUGGCAAAAAAAAGAGCUGGUCCAAUCAGUGUCUUCUCAGAUACUAUGUGCGGGACAAUAAUGAAAAUAACUAUUCAGGGCCUUAUUCACUAGAAACCAAACGGGGGGGGCAGAAUAAGAAACAAAGAAAUAUCUGUUUUCGUUUUCCGUUUGCACUAAAGAAUAUGACCCUGGCUCAGUGUCAUUGUACUUCUCAGCAGCUGGACACUGAGUUCCUUUCCCGCUCCACUGAAGUUAUACCGCGGUUAUACUUGACAUUGCAAAAAUAGUAUAUAGUAAAAAAAAUCCAAAAUAAAAGGCCACAGAAGAAAUGCCCAUAGGCCCCAUUUAAUCCAACCGGGUAUCCGGGGUUAAGAUAAAUAGACAUUGUUGUUGAUGUGCUGCAUCGUGUUGGACAAAAUUAUAUGUGUAGUCAGACAUUAGGAAACUGAACUAUAUUUGAAUUCUAAUGUCAAGGAAGUUGAAGAAUUUUGUUUUUCAAUUGUUUUGGAUAUUUGGUUGUGUGUUUGAUUGAAUCAGGUAUCCUAUUGUGUACUGAGUCAAGUACAUUAACUAUUACUAUUAGCAAGUACAGAACGUUAUUGAGUCAUUAUCCUCUGUUUAUGAUACUCCAGUUAGUCCUUUUGUAUGAUUCCACUGUAAAGUUUUACCUUUACCUCUUAGAAUACAGUACAUGCCAAGGGUGUACUUUGUCAUGCAAUGCAUUUUCAUGUACUUGUGGUACUUUUGACAUUUGUAUGUAUAUAUCAAUAACGAGCAAUGUUUCUAAAUGCUCUUGAUAAAACGCCUCCAUUCAAGCAUGGAGUAGAAGUGCACACAAAGGAAAUAUUUUUCCUGCUUUAUGCUAUAGCUAGACCAACACUAAUGCUAUGAAAAACAACAUUGAACAUGUAGCUCUUCAGACUGAAGUAACACCCAACAUGGUGUUGUUAUUCUCUGCGUUUUGUCACAAUAAUCGUCUUUGUAAUCCUCAACUUUUUUACUGUGAAUGUUGUCAUCUCCUGAUUUUUGUAUUUACUUGACAUUGUGUAAUUGUGUUCCUUGACCGCCAUCGGUCGUGAUCAAAGUAAUACUGUAGAUUCUUCAGCCCUGCAAUUGCUCCUCACUACACUGGUCCCAGAUCAGUUUGUGCUGUCUUGUUGACUCCUAUGGUCAUUGGCAAGCCAGCACAAACAGAUCUGGAACAAGGCCAGCUUGUCACACCAGUUGCCUUUCAAACAGCAGUGUGCCAUUUGACAUAAACAACAACAACUAGAGUGCAUUAACUUGAAGCUUGAUGUUGCCGUCCCAUAAUCAGUGUCUCCUAAAUUGUAAAUAAGAGUAGAAAUCCUCCCUACCUUCCAUUGCACCUACCAAAAUAGCUAUUAGACUGGAUACUACAAAUCACGGGCUUAGCCAAUUAGCUGUCCACUCUGUGUACAUAGUGUAAAGACAUACUAUUUUUGAUUGAUAUACGUAGAGCUCGCAAUAUGUUUACACGUAGCAAACUGUAUAUGGAGGCUUGGAAGUAGUGAAGGUGAAAGGAUUCUGUUGACAAGUGGAAAUGGUUAACCAGACUUUUUCCUUUCUUGAAAUUGUCACAAUGAACAGCAUCGUUGUUCACAGACCAUACAUUGAGGCACUCAAUUCAACUUGUCUUGAAUCAACCAUGUCAAUCGACUGUACUCUACGUCUGAGGAUAUCUCAAGCAUCUCUAUACAGUUGUUGUACCAUGUCUGUCUGCAAUAUUGAAAACCCACAACUGAAAAUGUUUGAAUGCUGCUAAUUAGCUUUGACAAUUUGAGGACUGUGUUAGUGUCUUCAUUAGGGUAUGAGCUUUGUAAGACGCUGCCUUUCUUCUGUUGUGAUUGUUGUACCAUUUCUGUCUGCAACUCUCAGAGUAGGCUUAAGAGAGCCCAUUUUAAAUUGAUCCUACAGGCCACAACCCUGCAGUAGGCCAUGAUAUGUGUAUCUCCCUGCUCUCUGCAAUGCAAAUGAAGCGAGGCAGCGAAUGUCACAAAAGACCCAGAGGCCAUACGUCAGCCCAGAUGGUCUGUCUCUCA